ACUCGUCGAAAAAUAUAUUUGUGUGAUAAAUCCGGGAAAAUCCCAGGGACAUCUAGCGUCGCUUCCAGUACCAUUUUGAGACUACCAGUGAGGUCUAUAUUGCGCCCCUGAUAUUCAGAUCCUGAUUUGGCCGUCUAUACUUUCCAUGUUAUCUGGUGAUUGUGCCCAAUGCCACAGUUGAUGGCUGCGAAAAUUGUGGUGGGCCCAAAUACUCUAUUGCUGUGGGGUAGCCACAAUACAUUACUAAGCACCCACUACCGUCGACUAUAAAACACCACUACGUCUUCUUCAAUGACGAUCAAUACAUAAAAACAAAAUGGCCACCACUGCUCAGACCAACGCCGACCUCGAUCAAAUCGGAAAGAUUCUUGCCAAACAUGGCAUCAAUGACACCACCAACGACAACAAGAUUGUGGUGGACCUCAAGAACGUCAACGGGUACAGACCCGGGUUUGUGGACUCAUUGUCAGGCGACGAGCUUCCGGAACAUACCAGAAACAGAUUUGCAAAGUACGGGAUCGACUUAUCCAAGGGAUACCCUGAGAGACCAGAAAACAUCCCCCACUUCCUCGAUGAGGGAUACGCCAUCAGAAACCGGGCGAAUCCUGAUUAUGUCGAAAGAGGCCGGAAUGCCGACCCCAGCAAGAAAAACUUACUUGGAGCUGCUAAGGAGAUCCGUGAAAUCACUCCGUUGAUUGGAACGGAAGUAGUGGGUUUACAAUUGGGUGACUUGAACGAAAAACAAUUGGAUGAAUUGGCCCUUUUGGUAGCUGAAAGAGUGGUGGUUGUGUUUAGAAACCAAGACCUUUCUCCCCAGAAGCACUUGGAACUCGGCAAAUACUACGGUGAAGUCGAAGAGCACCCAUUGGUUGCCCACGUUCCUGGUCUUCGUGGGGCCACCACCGUGUGGGGGCCUUUCAACCGUGUGGGGCCUUUGAUCACCUACAAAAAGGGUCUCCAUCAGGGCUGGCACACGGACUUGGACCACGAGUUCAGCCCAGCUGCCAUCACGCACCUUCACCUCGACUCGAUUCCCACUACCGGUGGUGACACCGGAUUUGCGUCAGGGUAUGGGGCUUUUGACAAGCUUUCGCAGCCAUUGCAACAAUUUUUAGAAGGCAAGACCGCGGUGCACAAGUCUGCUCACCGGUACUUGAACAGAGACAAUGUUCUUGGGGCUCCUGAACAUAUCUUGAGAGAGCACCCCUUGGUAAUUACCCAUCCGGUCACCGGCUGGAAGUCACUUUUUGUCAACCGGGCCCACACUGUGAAAAUUGUGGGAUUGGAAGACUCGGAGUCACAGGUGAUUUUGAACUACUUGUUUGACGUGUACGAGAAGAGUUUGGAUAUCCAAACCCGUGUGAGCUGGCAACCCACCAAGCCAGGGUUGGGUACUUCUGUUAUCUGGGAUAACCGUGUCAGUAACCACAUUGCAAUUCCCGAUUACAACGAUCAGAAUGGUAGACUCAGACACGCAGUGCGGGUGACGAGCUUGGGAAAUGUGCCAAACUAUGACAAAAACUCAAAAUCGCAGCGGGAGGCGCUUUUUGGUGCUUGAGCGGUAUUAGAUAAAUUUAUAAUCAAUUGAGGUAUGAUUCAGUAGUAGCAUGGUGUGAAUAGAGCAGUAGGAUUAUUCGAUUUUACAGUAGUAGAAUCACAUACACAGAAGGUUCAAAUGUGUUGUAAAGCCCUAGAGUUUCGUAUAGAUGGCGACCAUCAACCUUACCCUAUUGUUUACUGUUUACCGCCCGCCUAAUAGUCGCAGCCACGCCACCUCUCAUCACCACCACUCACCAGCAGCACCCUGUCCACCACUGUGUCCACCACUUACCAGAACCACAAAACCCCACAUCCACAAACCCGCACCUAUCCACAAAACCCCCACCCAUGUCCUGUCCUCAAGCACGAUCCGAUGUGACACACUUAUCUGACGCAAAAGCAACCGCACAAAAUAAAAGAAAAAUAAUAUAAUGCUUCUCCUGAAAUUUUCGUUACUAUCCCAAUUGACUUCUUCGAGCACGUAUUGUUCCCGCCGGGUAAACCUGUAGAUUGCUAUUCGACCAUUUAACGCCUCUAU